AUGAGGUCUCUCAUUCUGGGAGCGGCAUGUGCCGGGCUAGCAUUGGCUGGGGUCGAGCCACGAUGGGGAUAUGAUCAGCCGACGACGACGAUGGUGACUUAUGAGACGGUGACUACUUGUCCUGUUACGGCGACGGAGACCCGCGGCGGAAAGACCGUCUUGGUCACCAAGCUUACUACCUCGACCGUCACUGUUACUGCUUGCCGCGGUUGCAAGGGUGGCGUCGUUACUGUCCCCGGACCAACCGUCACAAAGGGAACGACGACAGAAGUUGAAAUCACUUACACGACUGUUUGUCCGACCACCGAGACCAUCACCGCCCCUGGAACUACCUACGUGACUACCAAGACUGUGACCAGCAAGGUCGUGACCCGGGUGCUUACCACUUUUUACGCUACCGUCACUCAGCCUGACAAGACCAAGACCGAGAUUGAGGGCGUGACCAAGACCAUUACUAGUCUUUGCCCGGUUACGCAGGUUACUACCAUUGGAGGCCGCAGGACAACACUCACGUACACGACCACCAGCCUGAUUACUACGAUUAUUCCUACGACUGUGCAGGAGACGGUAGUCAAGCCUGAUAAGACUAAGAUUGAGAUUGAGGGAGUUACAAAGACUAUUACGUCUCUUUGCCCUGUUACGCAGGUUACUACUAUUGGUGGGCGUAGGACAACGCUUACUUAUACUACAACCAGCCUCAUCACGACAAUCAUCCCUACUACAGUGCAGCAGACUGUUGUAAAGCCAGACAAGACCAAGAUUGAAGUUGAGGGCGUGACCAAGACCAUUACCUCUCUUUGCCCUGUUACUCAAGUUACUACUAUUGGGGGCCACAGGACCACGCUUACUUACACGACUACUAGCCUGAUCACGACAAUUAUCCCUACUACGGUCCAACAGACUGUUGUCAAGCCAGACAAGACCAAGAUCGAGGUUCAAGGUGUCACCAAGACCAUCACAAGUCUCUGCCCAGUCACCCAAGUCACCACCAUUGGAGGCCACAAGACCACGCUCACUUACACGACCACCAGUCUCAUCACCACCAUCAUCCCGACCACUGUCCAGGAAACCGUCGUGAAGCCAGACAAGACCAAGAUUGAGGUUCAAGGCGUCACCAAGACUAUUACCUCUCUCUGCCCUGUUACUCAGGUUACCACCAUUGGAGGCCACAAGACCACCCUCACAUACACCACCACCAGUCUCAUCACCACCAUCAUCCCAACGACCGUCCAAGAAACCGUGACCCAACCCGACAGAACCAAGACAGCCAUCGAAGGCGUCACCGAGACCAUCACCUCCCUCUGCCCCGUCACCCAAGUCACCACCAUCGGCGGCCGCAGGACAACCAUCACCUACACCACCACCAAGCUCAUCACGACCGUCAUCCCCACGACCAUCCAAGAAACCGUGACCCGCCCCGACAAGACCAAGACCGCCGUCGAGGGCAUCACCUCCGUCAUCACGUCCUACUGCCCCGUAACCCAAGUCACCACCAUCGGCGGGCACCGCACGACCAUCACCAAGACUACAAUCAGCCUCAUCACCACCGUCAUCCCGACCACCGUGCAAAAGACGCUCGUCCAGCCCAACACCACGGCCACGGAAACCGACGUCAUCACAUCCACAAUCACGUCCCUCUGCCCCGUCACCCAGGUCACCACCAUAAGCGGCCAGCGCACAACCCUCACCUACACCACCACCAAGCUCAUCGAGACGGUCGUCCGUAACACCGUCCAGCAGACCGUCUUCCAGCCCGGCGAGACCGUCACCGCCACAAACGUCGCCUACCACACGGAGACCAACGUCGUCCCCUACACGCAGGUCAUCUACGUGUCUGGCCAGCGACAGACCGUCACCAACUUCAGGACGCAGGUCGUCACCGUCGCGCACUCCAGCCUCGUGUACCAGAGCGUCACGGCUCCCGGCCAGACCGAAACUUCCGUCGAGGUGCUCACCGUGACGGAGAGCCACGGCGGCGAGGUCACUCAGGUAGUUACCCUUCCUGGCCCGGCGGUCACAAAGGUCGAGCAGAGCACUUACGUCGUCCAGGAGAGUGGUCCUUCGUCCACCGUCAUCGCUACCACGACGGGUGCUCCUGUUGGUGCGGCGGGCUCGAAUCACCCUGUUGUUGGGUACGUCGUUGCCGGUAUCCUUGGUGCGUUGGCCAUGAUUUAA